AUGUCAAAAAAUCAUAUAACUUCAGGAAAACUUGUUAUAACUGGAAAUAUUAUUUUGAAACUUCAUUAUGGACUUGAAAUUAUGAUUCAACUUAAUAAUACUUCAUUUAUUAUUCAUAUAGUUCAACAUGUUCAUAGCCCUUUACAACCUGGUUAUAUUUGUGAAGGAGGAGGACAAAGUAAUGGUAUUACUACAAAUCAACCUGAAAUAGCUCAAAAAUUAUUAGAAGGAGUUAUAUUUCGUCUUUUUAUUGUAGAGUUAGAAAACAUAAUUGUUUUUAUUAGUUGUCUUGACAAAAUUACAAAAUCAAAUAAAAAAGCUG